AUGGCAAUCGCACUGGCAGCCUGCUUCCUCCUGAUACCGCUCUUCUCCCUCGGCGCAGUCUUCGUCCUCCGUGCGUGGAGACUCGACAAGAAGGCGCCGGCGCAGCGCACGCCGAGGACGCGGCCGUACCCGCUGCUCGGACACCUGCCGCAGUUCCUGGCGAACCGGCACCGCGUGCUGGACUGGCUCACCGAGGUGCUCGCGCUCCUGCCAACCUGCACGCUCGUGUUCCGCCGGCCCGGCGGCGUCCGAGGCGUCAUCACCGCCAACCCGACCAACCUGGAGCACAUCAUGCGCGCCAGCUUCGACAACUACCCCAAGGGCCCGCGCUUCGCGGCGCUGCUCCACGACUUCCUCGGCCGGGGCAUCUUCAACGCCGACGGCGAGGCGUGGCGCGCGCAGCGGAAGGCCGCCAGCUACGAGUUCAACACGCGCUCGCUGCGCCUCUUCGUGGCGCGAAGCGUGCACAGCGAGCUCCACGGCAGGCUCCUCCCGCUCCUGCGCCGUGCCGCCGGCUCCGGCCGCCAGCUCGACCUCCAGGACACGCUCGAGCGGUACGCGUUCGAUAAUAUCUGCCGCGUCGCCUUCGACCACGACCCAGGAUUCUGGAUGAUCAAGAAGGCGCUCAAUCUGGGCUCCGAGCGGCGGUUGCGCGAGUCAAUUGCCAUGGUGCACGGCUUCGCCGAUCGCAUCAUACGGUCGCGGCGGGAGGAGAUGGACGUGGGCUGCGAGAAGCACGACUUGCUAUCGAGGUUCACGGUGAGCCAGGGCGAGAGCUACACCGAGACGGCCCUCCGCGAUGUAGUGAUCAGCUUCCUCCUCGCGGGGCGGGAAACGACGUCCUCGGCGCUCACCUGGUUCUUCUGGCUGUUGUCCUCGCGCCCGGACGUGGAGCGCCGCAUCCGCGACGAGGUCGCCGCCGUGCGCGCCCGCCGAGCGAUCGGUGACCUCGGCAGAGCCGGGUUCGAUCUCGACGAGCUGAGGGAGAUGCACUACGUGCACGCGGCCAUCACGGAGUCGAUGCGGCUGUACCCGCCGGUGCCGGUGAACUUUCUGCGGGCGGAGGCCGCCGACGUCCUGCCGGACGGCACGGCGGUGGGGGCAGGUUGGUUCGUGGCGUACAACUCGUACGCAAUGGGGAGGAUGGAGUCCGUGUGGGGCGAGGACGCGCGGGCGUACCGGCCGGAGCGGUGGCUGGACCCGGCGGAGGGGACGUUCCGGCCGGAGAGCCCGUUCCGAUACAUGGCGUUCCACGCGGGGCCGAGGAUCUGCCUCGGGAAGGAGAUGGCCUACAUCCAGAUGAAGUCUAUCGUGGCAUGCGUGCUGGAAGAGUUCGAGCUCGCCGUGGACGGCGCAUACCGGCCGCGGCAGGUGACCUCGCUGACGUUGCGGAUGGCGGACGGGCUCCCGGUGAGGGUGAAGGCUAGAGUGAAUUGA